AUGUUGGGUCCCCGGCCCACACCACCAGUAGUCCAGAGAGAUGGGUUCCAGCUCCGUCAAGGGCACUUCACCCGCAUAAAUGGAGACAUUGGUCGGGUUAGCGGAUCCCGUUUGAAGGAGCUCUUUGACCCCAGUUCUCUGCAACUCGAACAAGAUCGGAUCGAGGCGGAACGGACGGCCCAACAACUGUUCACCAAGAAGUUUUUCUCGGCACAGCUCAGUCAUUACGGCCUAAGGCAUCCACGGAAUAUCAAGAAUCCCAACUCUGGACACUUCCGCGAGCUGCUCCGAGAGGCGGUAUUGAAUGGAAAGUGUGACCAGGUGCCAGAGCGGGUGACCAAUCUCAAACACGCCAUGGAGCUUGAACUAGAACCCAUUCACCAGCAAUGGGUAAUCGACGUCGAGGCAUGGGAGGCGACAAAACGGCAAGAGGAAGAAGAGGCUCUUCACAACAAAAGUCCAGGUGAAAAGGCAAAUAUCGAUGUAAACUGGUUCAUGGACUACUACUUUCUGACCAACGGAAAACCUGAUCGAACCAAGACAUCGGAACCUCUGGCACUCCACGGCUACAGCGACUUAGGGCGAAACAUUUGUGCUUUAGUUGACAGAGUUCCCGGCCUGGCAUGGGCCAGAAGCGGCACUCGGUUCGAAACCACCCUGUGCAUUGGCUGGGGCCACAAGGCGGUACAGGCUCUGGCCGAGAAGCUUACCGCUGAAGCAUGGGCUGCAAGGAGGAAACGGGAAAAGACUGACCGAGAAAACGCCAUGAACGCCCACCAGGACUAUCUUUCUCAAUCAAACCAGGGCGGUUCAUCGCGAGACCGUCCGGCCCGUGCCGCCAACCAAUCCCCGCAAACCUUGUUUGACUUGGGGCAAUGCCGAGGUUCCUACGUCGUCGAAUCCAACACGCUGCUCGGGGCAUGGGAAGAAAUGGUCGAGGAGGUAGGAUGCGGCUCUACAGCGACAAGACCACUCUUCACUUUGGACAUCCGCGAUAGCAAAGUUGCUGGAAUCCUGAUAGCGGCGGUCGACUUUGGCACCUUUCAGGGGGCCAUGAUUCUCUCUGAUUCCAAAAGGAAGCUGCGUGAUCUUCUCCGGUCUGAGGGUGAAACUGAUGAAUUCUCGGAUCGCGAUUAUGAUGGAGAAUAUGGUACUGAAGACGACGAAGACGAAGAAGACGACGAAGACGAUGAAAGUGACAUCGCUGACGACGAGGAUUGGGAGUCUGACCCACCACGCAAACGUCAGAAGACCACACCAUCCGCCUCGCGUCGCAUCUUCUUCAGAACUCCAGGCUGUGAUGCCGGCGAAUAUUACUCCGACCCGCAGCCUGGUUACCUGGAUUUUUCCAACGAUGGGUAUGCAUCAUUUUGUGGCCAAUGUUUGCUCGCUGAAGAGGCGGACGUUGAUUUGAAAGGGUAUAAAGUGUCUGAUGUGCCGGCGCCGGCAAAACGAGGUGGAGACUUCGAGUGGCCUCUUUAA